AUGGACGAUGAUAUCAUGGACUUGGACGACUGGGGUUACAUCCAGGAGGUCACCAACCACGUUGCUCAGACUCGCCAAGAUCGUUUGACAGCAUACACCUUCGACUCGCCGUAUGAGGAUAAUGGAGCAUACAUCCGGGAGUAUGAUGGAAAACUGUCGCGAGGCGCUGUAUUUGUUACCGACACGAACUUCUUGAUCUCCCAGCUUUCGCUAGUGAACGACCUGGCGGCGUUGCACAAAGAGCAUGGACACACUAUAUUAAUACCUUGGAUAGUGAUAAGAGAGCUUGAUGGAUUAAAGUCAGCAUCACCAGGAAGAGGCAGAGCACAGAACGUCGCGCCACUUGCGCGGCAAGCUAUUACUUGGAUCCACGACAACUUGAAACGCAACGAGGGAAGUGUGCGUGGUCAACAGAUGACAGAGGCACUUCAAAGAGGUCUGGAACCAGAUGAUGCAAUUCUGGACUGCUGCCAGUAUAUCCAGCAGGAGGAGGAGUUGCCGGUGGUCCUUCUAUCCAAUGACAGAAAUCUCUGCGUGAAGGCGUUGAUCCAUGACAUACCAACGAAGUCAUUCUCCAGAGGGUUGACGGCUAUCGGCAUCCUAAAGGAGCACGUGUCGGAUCAUGUUGCUCCUCAGACGCCGAGAAAGACCAUCAGGCGGGAGAGAACGAGAACGCAGAGCGCAGACUCGCCGCAUACAACCAGGAGAUCGCCGCGUACAACAAGUACAUCACCUCAAAACGUGCAGAUACACAAUAUGGAGGUGGAAAUGAGCGAUUGUGAUGGGGCAUCUGCAUAUCCUACGCCCACCAGUGCUCAUCCGAUGGAGGACCCCUUUCGGCCUUCAAGUAAGAGAUAUGAUUGGUUAGAAGGCCUCAGUCUACCGGUACAGACGUCUAUUCACGAAAAACACAACAACCCUAUAUGCAGACCACCUUCUCCUGUCCGCAUAACACGCUCUUCGAAGUCAGCAGCAAAUGAAGCAGUUCUGAACCCACUCUUGACUAUGGAAGACCUUUAUGGAUCGCGCCGAAAGAAGAGCUCGUCUCAGUCGCGUACCCCGCCGACUUCAGCUGAUACGGAAUCGUCCUUCAAGCCCACUAGGCGACCCUCAACGACAACGACGAAUGCGUUCCCUCUCAGCCAGAGCCAAGAGCCUCUUUCGCCAAAGCCUGAAGAAGCCAUUGGAACUUGGACUGCUAAGCUCAUACCUCCCCUCAUCCACGCUCACCUGGUGCGAGGCUUCGGCACUCCCGAAGCACUAGAGCACGCCCUCCAAAGACCAUGGACCGACGUCGACUUAUCCACCCCCGCAAAGGUGAUCCUAUUCAUCCAACAAUGCGCUUUCAUGCCCCUCUUCUACGACCUCCUCACCCGCUUCCCCGGCGACAUGGGAUCCUGGCUCCUCGAAAUGUGUCAAGCGGAGGAUGAAUGGUGGUUAUGGGCACUCAACGGAACAGGGAUGCCGCCGAAGAAGCAGGAAAUGCAGAUAUGGCUACAGUGUUGGGAGUGUGUUUGGGCUAUGUUGGGGGAUGGAUUGGGUGGUGCUCAGGGGGAGGAGCAAAAACGGAUUCGGGAUGGGGCGAUGGUAGUUUGGAUGAGGAAUGUGCAAGAGAUGGAAAUACCGGGAUGA